AUCCUUAUGAACAUGGGGUUCUUCCUCACGAUCAUAUUCGGACAAUUACUUCAAGCAAUAUUUUUCGGACGUUUACGUGCUGUUGAAAUUGAGCAUUUAUACGAAAGAUCUUGGUAUGCAGUAACUGAAACAUGUUUAGCCAUGACUAUAUUCCGGGAUGAAUUUGACACUAGAUUUGUUGUAACAUUUACAACCUUAUUGUUUUUAAAAAUAUUUCAUUGGUUAUGUCAAGAUCGAGUAGAGUUC